AUGAAGUCGCGGCCGAAGAGCGAACGCGGGGUGCUGGGUCAGACUCUGACUCAGCAUCCAGCAUGGUUAGCGGAUGGAGCUCAGUCGCGGGCACCAGAUCUAUGGAGAUCAAGACGGCAGCGGCGGAGUCAUUCCGGAAGCGGAUCAGGUGCAGGAUCGGGGAUACGUCCUCCGAGGGCGGCGGGGCAAAGGCUUCGUGCGUCGCUCCCCCGGAAACGGGGCGGAUCCCACUCCGCGUCUCGCGGAGCGAAGGUGAAGGGUCGGGCCCUCAAAGAAGCGAGGGACAGCGGGAAGCUCGCCGAGGAGGGCGGCACCCGAUCGCCGCACGACCUCAAAAGGCCGAGAAGAAAAAGGGCCAAAUUUGAGGAGGUCGUGAUGGCGGCGAUUGCGAGUGUCCGCCAAAAGAAAUUGCGGUCCUCGAAAGAGAAGGCUGCGCAAGAGGCCGCGGCCUCCAUUAUGGCGGCAGCAGCGGCCACCUUCUUGGAGUCGGAACCCGAGUCGGGUAACGAGGGGAUGAGGGCCGAUAUCGCCCGGCUAACGACGGAGGUUGAGCGUCUCUCUAGGGAGAACGCGGAACUCAAGUCCAGCCGGGCCUCAGCCCUCGUUCAGUCCUCUCGUCCUGUAGAGACGCCUCCAGAGGUGAGUGCGGUGCAGCCGGCGGACAGGCAACAACUCCUGAGCCUGAUACGAGAGGGCAUCCGCCAGGAGAUCGGUGCCCUCUCUGCCCGGUUCGCGGUUCUGGAGGGCAUUGUCCUCCGGCCACCUCUGGCGGGCUCCAAGAAGGCUGCGUCCUACGCGGCCGCCGCGGCUCCGCAACCCACGCCGGGGACGUCCGGCCCGACGAGCCAAAGCUCAGGGCCAUCCACGAGGCCGACGAAGCCGUCGUCGUCGUCUCCGCCGCCUCCGCCUCCGGCCUCCCAGAGGACGCUCGCAGCAGAUAAGCCCAAAAAGGCGAAGGCUGCGCGGAGAGCGGCGAAGCCGGCGGAGCUGGCAGAGACGGCUCCCCACCUACUCUCUUGCCUGCUGAUGAUGCCGGCUGGACAGUGGUGGGGGCCAAAGAGAGACCCGACGCACGGAGCGGCGGAAGGCGCAGCGGCAGCGCGCCAAGGAGAGAGCGUCGCCAAUAUGCUUCGCGCCCCGAAGUCCGCAGCUGUAGUCGUCACACUGCAGCCGGAAGCGGUAAAGAAGGGCGUGACGUACGCGGACCUCCUUUCCAAGGCAAAAGGGAGCGUAAGCUUGCGCAUAUCGGGUCUGGAUGACUCCGUCACGGUGGAGGAAGUGGUGGCCGCCAUUGUCAGGACCACGGGAUGCUCAGCUGAAGAGCUGAAGCCGGGAGCCCUACGUCCCGACUAUGCGGGUAUGCUGGCCAUCACGGUCAGCUGCCCCGUGACGGCGGCCAAAGUGGUGGCUGAGGGCCGGAGGCUUUUGGUGGGCUGGGUGUCGGCGCAGGUUAAGCUGCUCGAGCCCCAGCCUCUGAGGUGUUACCGAUGUCAGACCGGACAUCACGUCGGGGCGAACAUCAACCACUGCGCCAGAGCUCAGGAUCUCUUGCUCCAGAGCAUGGCGCGGUGGUCGAUUAAUAUCGCCGUGGUCUCCGAGCCGUACUUUGUCCCGCCCAGGAAUGACUGGGUGGAGGACCUGAGCGGCUCGGUGGCCAUCAUCGCGUCGGCCGCCGCCGGUACCCUGACCCACGAGCGGGUGAAGAGGGGCCAGGGUUGUGUCGCAGCUCGGUUCGGAGGGAUAGUCGUAGUGGGGUGCUACUUCUCUCCGAGCCGAACUCUCGCCGAGUUCCACAACUCCCUCAGGGAGCUGAGUGACGUCGUCGUCGAGUACGGUUCGCUUCCCGUCGUCGUGCUGGGGGACUUCAACGCCAAGAGCCAGGCUUGGGGUUCCCGGUACACGGAUCUGGACAGGGAGCUCCUCCUGGAAGCCUCCAUCGUCCAGUCCUGGGUGCAAGCACCGGUCAGGCCGGACGAUGUGAAUAACGAGGCCGACUGGUUCCGGGAGGCUAUGUCCUCUGUCUGCGACUCGGCAAUGCCCCGAGUCCGCCGAAGCCAAGCGCGGCGCAAGGUGUACUGGUGGUCGCGGGAGCUGGCAUCGCUCCAGGCGGCGUGCUAUGCCGCGCGACGCCGGUACACCAGGUACCGCCAAAUCCGCAUCCGGCCUGUGGAUGCGGUGGCACGAGAGGCGGAGCUAUACCAGGGGUACAGAGACGCAAAGACGCUCUCUCGGGCGCGAUUCUAG